AUGAAUAAAAGUAAAAAGCAAAUAACUAGGAAAACAAUAACGUUUAGAUGGAAAACAAACCCACCUUUUCGCGUACGCGGCGUACAAACAGAUCCGCCACCCACAAAUGAUAUUGGCAUCCAAUGCCAACGAUUCGAUGGGGACGAAGAUUGGUUUGAGUCUCUGCCGACAACCGAAUCGAAUGAAAAUCGGGAUGAGGAAGGAAAAUUUCUGGCGUUUGUUAGCCAGCACACCACCAGGUUUCCCAAUGCUAUGCUCGGGUGCCUCUUGUGUGGAGAAGUGGCUAAAAAUCUGCAAAUGCAUCAGCGACACGUGAGAUUGCAUUAUGGACCGCAAUCGCUGUGCUCCGAUUGUGGUAAAUUCGUCAGCCACGAGGAUUUGCUCGCACAGCACAAGUACAAUUGCAAAGUACAUGUCCAUCCCAGAUCCCGGCCACAGAUGCACAUGCAGUGCCCCCAUUUGCACUGCACUUUUAUGAUCACAUCGAAGACGCAGCUUCGCCAGCAUCUAAGGAAGCACUUGGUCUCCAAGCCAUAUUAUUGCUUGUCGUGUUGUCAGAGGUUUAGCUCUACAACACACUUCCUGGUGCACCGCAUGCAGAGCACCACUUGCCGAUCGGUCAAGCCCUAUUACCUUGCCAAUAACUCGACGAACUUGCGCCACAAAGCGAAGAUCAAUCGCUGCUCCGUUUGCCUGAAACUCUUUAGUAAUGCCUAUCGCUACCUGCAGCACAAACGACGCUGCAUCCAGCAGUAUCAGCGGCGUCUGCGCAUAUUGCUGAGAGAUUCAAAAUUGUAAAUAUAUAAUAUAAAGACUUCAAUAUAGGUA